AUGCAGUUCAAUUCAUGGGAAGCCGGGAAGAAUGUGAACGAUGGGCCAAUCAAGAUGGCCAAGCAUAUCAUUUUGAAUGAUGCUGAUAUCGUCACAAUGCAGGUACUUUUUGUGUGUCUUUAGGAGAUGGUUUUUUUGCUUCAGGAAGUUGCUACAGAAGAGAUGGCGAAGGAGAUUCACGGGGCGUUGGGAGCAGAAUGGAAGAUGUUCUAUCCUUAUCCGUCAAAGGUGGUGACGUUCUCUAAACAUGAGGUAAGUUGGUAGGGAAGUACCUUAUUGUUAGCUGAACUUUUGUUGGAUAUCCAAUGAUUGAAAUGUCAGGUCCAUAAACCACUGUGUAGCGGCUUGAACAGCCAUCCAUAAAAAUUAGCUGAGAAGCUGUUCAAAGAGCGAACCCCAGAUCAUUGUUGCAUCUUGCGGACAUGUUACAGUGGAGGACCUUAGCCCGUGGCAAAAGCGUAUGGUUCUGCAUCCAGGAAGUAUCAAAAAAUGUGGCAAAAUACCUCCCUCUCCAAGUGAAAAAACUCAGAUUUCAAAAGCGCGCCCGCUCUUUGUGUGAGAUAAAGGGCGCGCCCUUCAAAACGAAGUCUUUUCAGUUGAAAAGUGAAGCAUUUUGCUAAAUUUUUGAUACUUCCCGGAUGCCAAAUGGUACGUUUUUUGCCACUGGAUCAGGUCCGUCACUGUAGGCCGUCAAACAAAGCCUGUAAAGUAUUCCUUAGACUUUGCGAUAAUGACCUAGGUAUUCAAACGUCUUCAAGAUAAGAAUUUAAUGGAAAUGACUAGAAAAUCAAUGUUAAUUUUAACAGCUCUUGUUGAACCCCUCAUUUGAAAUCUAAAAUCUAUCCUUUAGAUCUACAACGUGUCCCACACAAAGCUCUUCUGCGGCCAUGGUGUAAAGAUCUUUGUCGACGAAGUCAAUCCGAUCAUUGUGUUCAAUCUUCAGUUUGACCAGGCCGUUUUUACGGCACGAGAAAUCGCGUCCAACGGCUUUGAUGAAGACUUGGUGGAGUUGUUUGAGAAGAACAAGAAGAAACCUCAUAGUAAGUGAAAAGAAAGUUUAAUUUGAGUGCCAAUUUCAGGUCGAUAUCAAAAUUUAAAAGAACUUUUGGCCGACGAGUUUCUAGAAGAGAGUUUACACAAGGUGAACGUGGCGCCAAUCAUAGUUGCUGGCGAUUUUCACACUCCUUCUCAUUUGGAUUGGAUUGAGGCGACCAGGUAGUGGAAGCGUAUUUUACAAAAAAAUGAGAACUUCCGAAAUCAUCGCAUUGUCUGAAAAAAAUCACAGAUAUUUUUGCAAAUUUAACAGGGGAGGCACCCCAAGUGCGACGCUAAGAUUUUUGAAAAUUUUGAUGAAACUUGGCACAAAUUUAAAAUGUUUUUUCUAAAAUAAUAUUCGAGAAUCCUAUCUCGCGCUUUGCAGCAACAACCGAGAUUUUUAGAUCAAAAAUCGGCGAUAAUUUGCCAAUUUUUGCUGAAUUUCGGCACCAAAGGUUUUAUGCGUAUUUCUACCAUAAACGGUAAUGUUUCCAUAAAAAAUCAAUUUUUUCCACAGAAACCAAAAAGUUAUGGCCAAAAGGUGCUUUUCUCUGGCCUCUCUCCGCGUUUAGCGUACUCUGUCGGCGGCAAAGAUUGUUCAAUAUCUCGGCGGCGCUUGUAAAGCGCGAGCUAAAAUUUUCAGGAAUUGAUAUCUGGUUCAUAGCCGACGUGUGUGCAGAAUUUAAAGAAAAUCUAAUCACCGAACUACGACGCUCGUAUUUUACCCAACUUUUUUCAGAAAAUCCCACUACAACGUAGUCUAUGAAUGGCCGAUAACAUCCAUUCUCUCUCAACAAACCGCAUUGAUUGACUCUUAUCGAUUUCUUCAUCCAAACCCUCUUACCGAUCCCGGAAAUACUUGGUCCACGGUUGAGAAAUUCAUUGAUGGAAGUGAUGGGGAAAUUCAAGAACCUCAAGAACGGAUUGAUUACAUUUUCUACAGAGGUCGGCAUUUAACGCCAAUCGAGAGUUAUACCUAUCCAAAGAAAUUUGAAGGAGAAUUGUUGCCUUAUGUGCAGGAUAAUGAUUGGCCAUCCGAUCAUUAUGCUGUUGUCACGACUUUCCAGCUGGCAGUUUGA